AUGUCAUCAUCUCAAAGGGCACGAUUGGCCACCCACACAGCUGCCGCGGUUUGGGGUGCAAGUUUGCAUCAAAAGAGCGUGGGUGUCGGGAAGGUGCAGACUGUGCGCGUUGCCACCUUUGCAUCUGGAGCUCUGGGGUUCCUUGAAAAUCCUUCUGAGAGAGAGUAUUAG